AGCUGCAGCUCUUCAGGUGCGUCUCUUUAGCUCAGCACACACCUGUCACACAGCAACAUGCUGCCAGCAAAUCUAUUGAUCAUGUCCAUGGCCGUCUUUUUGACAACAGCAGUUUCUACCGCUCCCUUGGAGGAGAAGGAGCUGGAGGAGGUGGAGGUUGAAGCUACAGAGGAGGGGGAGGUGUCUGAGGAGGAGGAGGAUGAUGAUGACUCCAAGAGUCAAGAUAAGAUUGAGGGAGCAUUUGGCAGGCAGCGGACGACCACUGCAACGGUUGUGGUGGUGGGGGCUGCUGGGGGUUCAGGUGUCUCCUCUGGCAUUCAGGAUCUAAGUGCUUCCAGUGGUCAAACAGCAGGGGGAAGAACACAUGAAGGAACAGCAGGAAGCUCAGCAGGUUCUGCAGCAGCUGAGAUCUCUGAUGUCUCCACAGCUUUGAUCCAUUCUGCAGGAGCCAAGCAUUCUACUGCUUUAUCUCACACAGAAACAAAUGGUUCUGCAGGAGCUGGCUCAGAGACCAACAGUAAUGGACAGAAGCUCCUGAAUGGAGGAGGAGGGGGUGGAGUUGGCAGUCAGACAGAUGCUGUGGGAUUCUUUCAGGGUGAAGUUUCUCACCUGGGUUUUACAGAAUCCAUAGAGCCAUCUAGCCAUGACUUCCUGCUUGGCCUGAUGGGUGGUGAUGCUUUCAGUUCAGAUGGUCACGUUAACAUCCCAGGUAACAUGACAGCACCCCCUCACCUGGAGUCUUCAGGUGUGACAGUAACUCCACAUGCAGAUCAGAACAGUCUGAACUCACCUGCAGAUCUUGUUCAUCAUUCUGAUACCACUGUUGAUCAGCCAGGACCAGAUCAAACCUUCCUGAGUUCAGGACUUGACCAAUCACUACCCAGCUCUGUCUCUGGUUCCUCCCACUCUGCAGGGUCAGUGUCUUCAUCCUCAACACACAUUGAAGCUCUCAGAGACCCGAAAGAUGCAGCUGAUUCAGCUAAUACUGAUGGAAACGGUCGACAGACCCUGUUGACAGACACAAAUGGAGCAGAGACAGAAAAACUGAUUUCCCUCAGCGAUCUUUAUACUGAUCUCACAGGUGGUGCAGAGUCAGUAACCAGGGUUAAUGUCAAUCUCACAGUUUCAGGUCUUGGAUUCGGGCAUGAUGUCACAGAGUCUCCAUCCAUUAUGGAUCAAACUGCGUCAGUCGACGUCACACAGACACAUAACCCAGUUUCAGGUGUUCACCCUCACACAGAUCUGGUUACCAUGACAGCAGACUUCUCUGGGACAGAUACAGUUGCAACAGAUCAUACAGGAAAGCUUCUCAACUCUAGUCUUCCAGCUGUGACAGAUCACACACAGAUGGCUGGUUCAGUUACUGAACAGUACAACCCAUCUGGUCAGGGUCCUGAAGGUGCAGAAAAUGUGGAACUGGAGGAUACCUGCUGACUUCCACAUCAAACCCCGAGUUCGCUUCCUGCGUUACCGUUUCCAGUGUACCGACCAAUCAGCGCGGCCAAUGAAAUCUGACCCCUCCCACUAGCUGUAGGCCCCUCCAGUGAAUGGCAGCAGGAGUUUUUUUUUUUUUUUUUUUUUUUUAAUAUUUAAAAAUGUCGGUUUAUAGACAUUUACUUUGUCUUAGAGAAUCAUGGAGGGAAAGUAAAGAAAAUUAGUCUCAACAGUGUGAUGAGUCAGAUUUGAUCUGAUGACAUCAAAAAGGAAGUGACAUGUUCAUUGUAAAACAUGGUUUAAAAAUUCUGUAAUAAAUGUGUUUAUUGA